AUAUCAAUUUCGAAAUAUGAAAAAGAAACACAGCAAUAUGUUUGAAAUCUCCGGUGAGAGUAUCCAACGGUGACAAUUGCCGACACCAAAGGACGCAUCUCACUGUCGGUCAGAAAGGGCGAAAGAAAGAUGAGAGGAGUCGUUGGUGCACGCGGGAGAAGUUAUCUUCAAAGGCUAUGGAGAACGAGAACGACGACGGGUACAGGAACAAGAUCGGUUUCCACUGGGGAUGAACAUGGCGGCGAUGAGGUCCUUCAGAGCUCAAAGGUCAAGAUCUUCGACCGAAAUCUCAAACGCAGACAACGUGACAGAGCAGCAUGGUUAAUGCGCACGAAGGAUUCUCUUGUCGACACUGUGGCGGAUAAUCUUUUGGAUAGGUUGGAGGACUGCAAGAAAACAUUUCCCACAGCACUAUGUUUGGGUGGUUCCUUGGAAGCCAUUAGACGUUUGUUACGUGGACGCGGUGCCGUUGAAAAGCUGAUUAUGAUGGAUACAUCAUAUGAUAUGGUGAAGUUGUGUAAAGAUGCUGAGCAAGAUGUGACUGACAAAAACAUUGAAACAUCAUUUUUGGUUGGUGAUGAAGAGUUUUUGCCCAUAAAAGAGAGUUCUCUAGAUCUGGUGAUUAGCUGCUUGGGACUCCAUUGGACAAAUGAUCUGCCUGGGGCUAUGAUACAGUCUAGGUUGGCACUGAAGCCCGAUGGCCUAUUUUUGGCUGCUAUUCUUGGUGGAGAAACAUUGAAGGAGCUGAGAAUAGCAUGCACUGUGGCACAGAUGGAGCGUGAAGGGGGCAUCAGUCCACGAUUAUCCCCCUUGGCGCAAGUGCGGGAUGCGGGCAAUCUUUUGACUAGAGCGGGCUUCAAUCUUCCUGGUGUUGACGUUGAUGAAUACACUGUUAGAUAUAAUAGUGCUCUGGAGCUAAUUGAGCAUCUGCGGACAAUGGGUGAAACCAAUGCUCUUUUACAAAGGAACAUCAUGUUGAAGAGAGAAACAGCGCUAGCAACUGCAGCUAUUUAUGAGUCAAUGUUUGCUUCAGAAGACGGCACCAUCCCUGCAACUUUCCAGGUUAUCUAUAUGACAGGGUGGAAGGAGCACCAUUCACAGCAGAAGGCUAAAAGGAGGGGAUCUGCAACAAUUUCGUUUAAUGACAUACAAAAGCAAUUUACCAGGGGUAGAAGCGGCUGACUCUCUCUCUCUCUCUCUCUCAUAAACACAUUUUAUUCCAUCAAUUUCUACUUUUUUCUUCUUAUUGUCGGCAAAUGUGAGAAAUGUUUGGUUUUGUAAUGUUUAAUGGGCAAGUUGUUAAAUAGCUUGUAAAAGCAGCUAGCUGUUACGUUGCUUGCUGAAAUGAGUGGGUUAGAGAGGGAGGAAAGUACUGGAGUUGGGGAUCCCGCAUUUAAUUGUUCACUUAUUUAACCCGGAAGAGUUGGCCAGCUGGUUUUGGCAUGAGAUUUAGAGUUUUGCUUCCUUCAGAGUUGUAGGCGCAAGUGCUCUCACUCGAUUUUGUAAAAUUAUAAUAAAUUUUUAAAUAUUUAAAUAAUUUUAUAUUAGUGUUCCAAUUGAAUA